AUGAGGCCUUCUUCCGUCUGUUCCCUCGCACAAUCGCUCCUCGUCGACACCCCCGGCCUCGGCAAGGCCGGUCACGUUUGCCUGGUCCAGCCGGGUCGCAUGCGCAACGCGCUGCUCCCUUCCAAGCAAGCCGUCUACCAGCCCCUCCCCAGCCUUACGGAACGACUCCGCGAAGAGGCAGCCAACAAGCUCCUUGAGCAGCAGAUCGCAGAGGUCAAGCAGCAGCUCGAAGCUCAAAAGGCACGGGCAGAGGUGCAAAAGGAUCUCGGACCAGUCCAGCUGCUCUCGCUUCGUCGCAAGCUCGAAAGGGUACCGCACAUCACUCUGCUUCGGCGCACCACCCGCGAGUCCAACGUCCCAGCAGGCCAGCUCCCCGACCCGCCGCUCCAGAUCCAGGGCAGCGUCUCGGUCGAUCAGAUCGUCGACCUCCUCCGCGAACGCUACCGCGUCUUUGAGCUCGAGACAGACUUUGCCAAGGACGGCAUCCCUGCGCCCCUGAACCGGCUGACCGCGCAGCAGAUCUCGAACGCCUGCAAAUUCAACAUCGUCAGCGAGCAGUCUGAAGAUUCGGAGAAGCCUGGAAAGAUCAAGAGGACAGGGAAGUACGAAUUGCUGGUCAAGAUCCACGCCACCAAGACUGAAGUCAGGAUCCCGUUCACCGUCCUGCCAUUUAGACCCGCCAAGUCGAAGGCCACCAUCUCGACCGCCACCCCGCCCCCUCGCGCCAUGUCCACACCCGCCGGCGCUCGCGCGUUCUCGUCCUCGGCUGCCUCAAAGGCGCCGACGGGCAUCGAGAACUCGAUGCGGUCCAAGAUCGAGGCCGCCUUCGCGCCGGCCGAGAUCAACAUCCGCAACGACUCGAGCAAGCACGCCCACCACGCCGCCAUGGCGGCGCAGGGCGGUGGCAAUGGCGAGACGCACUUUUUCGUCGAGGUCAUCAGCGAUGCGUUCGAGGGCAUGACGCAGAUCAAGCGGCACCGCGCCGUCAACGCGCUAAUGGCCGACGAGUUUGAAAAGGGCCUGCACGCCCUCAGCCUCCGGACCAAGACGAGCAAGGAGGUGGAGAGAGCCAAUUCGCCGCGAGUCCGAACAGAAGUGUCGGACGGAACCACCUGCCCAAAUACGCCCUCCAGCGCCACCUCCAAUGCCGCCGAUACGGCCUCGACCUCGACCUCGACCUCGACCUCGACGCACCUACCUUCGCCCGUCGACGACGCCUCGUACUGGACAGCACCGGAAUCCUCGCUGCACCCUACCUCUCCGACCCCUGGACGGGCCCGACCGGGGAGCGAGGGCGAGCCGACGCUCGACGAGCACCUGCGGCAGUCUCGCAAGUUCUUCCGACGUGUGACGAAGAACGAGGAUGCGCCGCCGGCGCGCUGGCAGCGCAUCGCCAACGUCCUGGGCGGCAUCGCGGGGAGCGCGGCCGCCUUUUACCUCGUCGCCAUGGCCGAUUUCGGCGAGAAGGAACACUGCUUCACCCCGCUCCGCAAGGCGCUCUUUGGCGACGAACGCGGAUGGAACCCGUUCAGGGUCGACGAGGACCCGAGGUUCGCACCGACGAGGACGGGUGAUAAGCUGGUCUGA